GUACAUAACGUAUCAGCGCUUAUCUUGUGUGUGUGUUAACCCAUGUUGCCAAUAUUCAUCCCCUCCCAACGGCCUAUCGCUGAAUCACAGACAUAAGUUUGAUCGUGUUUGUGUUGGUGCUGCCGAAAAAGCCAAAAACACACCGAUAUUUGCUGCGGCCGCCCAAAUACACCGGCUAGACGCCCAUCCAACAACACCAACUCGCAUCCGGCUGAAUGAGUCAUCGCACCGUAACGCAAUGCCCGCUAUACGACGGUUCGGUACGCUACGCCCAGUUCUAGCAGUGCUUCUACUACUAGCCAAAGUGCAAUCGAUUGAGGACCAUUUAUCAACCCAACCGGAGAUAACAAACCAUCUGGACCGCCCCAAAGUUACCAUGGCCGACAAUAGCAGCUCUCUCGAUGCGCAAUUUGUGUCACAGUCGAACAGCUUCGCUACCAAGCUGUACCAGCGAAUAAGUGCGAAACAUGCGGGAGAGAAUGUGGUCAUUUCGCCCUUCUCGAUCAGUGCGUGCCUUUCCCUGGCCGCGAUGGGCGCCGGCGGCCUUACCGCAGAGCAGAUGUACUCCGUGCUGGAAUUUGGAGCGCCAGACAGAAAGCAAACCGUGGCCGACAACUAUCGGCGCCUAAUGGAGCGCCUCGCCACCGACAGCACGGUGAACGUGGCGAACAAAAUCUACGUCAUGCAGAAUUACGCUGUCAAGGGUGCGUUCAACGCGAUUGCCACCGGCAGCUUCCGGUCGGAGGCCGAGUCGGUCAACUUUGCCGAGAGCGCGGCGGCAGCGAAAAAGAUCAACGGCUGGGUGGAGGAGAAGACGAACAACAAAAUCAAAGAUCUGAUCUCGCCGGAUGCGCUGGACGAGCUGUCGCGCAUGGUGCUGGUCAAUGCGGUGCACUUCAAGGGCACCUGGACGUACCAGUUCGAUCCGAGCCUGACCCGCCCGUUCCCGUUCUGGCUGAGCGAGACGGAAUCGCGCGACGUGCCGAUGAUGAACAUCAAGAAACACUUUGCCUUCAACAACUUCGAGGAGCUCGGCUUCUCGGCGCUGGAGCUCACGUACGGCGGGAGCGACAUGACGAUGAUGCUGCUGCUGCCGAACGAGCGGAUGGGUUUGGCCGCGCUCGAGGAAAAGCUGCCCACGCUCAAUCUGGCCGAGCUGGCGGGGAAAAUGCACAAGCAGGAGGUAGAGGUGUUUCUGCCCAAAUUCAAGAUCGAAUUUACGCGCGAUCUCAACGAGGAUCUGCAAGCGCUCGGCAUGGAAAGAAUGUUCAGCGACUCGGCCGAAUUCCCCGACCUGCUGGAGCAAAACGAACCACUGAAGGUGUCCAAAGUCGUCCACAAAGCGUUCAUUGAAGUGAACGAGGAAGGCACUGAGGCAGCUGCUGCUACCGGUAUGGUGAUGAUGACGUGCGCAAUGAUUAUGUACCCUAUGUUUACGGCUGAUCAUCCGUUCCUAUAUGCGCUGAAAGAUUCGCAAGGAAACAUCUUGUUCAUUGGUAAAAUACUUAAAGUUUGAAACACGAGCAAUAUAAAAUGCUUCAAAUCGGACCAAAUACGCAUAACCUCACAAACACAAACAGUUGCCUUAACUAAUCCAUCCGUAUGUAUGCAUUUAAACGCGCACAACAAUACAAACCGUACAAAGCUACCUCUUCUGUAUAGCGUAUCAAAGAGCACACUAAGCACUUAAGGUACUUACAAAUGUUCCAAAUAUAUUUAUAUUAAUGUCAAUGUGGUGUACAACACACCAAGUGUCAUAAAAUAAAGGAUAAACUUUUUUGUUUCACUCA